CGUAUUUUGAUCUCGCGUUGUUACUCUGUAAGUAUUUAUAAAUAACCUAAACAAAGAUCUCGUGUUUUUGUUUUAGAUCUUUUUCCAAUUUUGCAUUAAACAACAUGAUUAGUGUUCGAGGCGGCUUGCUCAUUUUGAGCAUUCCCCUUAAGCUUCUUUAUGUGCUUGUCAAAUAUCCGUUCGUUGGUGGAAUCACAGAAAAGUUUAGAAGCAGCUUAAUCAACUCGUUGAAGCUUCAAUUGUACCGGGCAGCAUUGGCGGUGCCAGUGAGGGACAGUGCCUUACUCUCAAUCCUUUCCAACUACUUCCUUAUUAACAAACUCAUGAAGUCGCUCCAUCCCCACUUGUCAGACUUGCCCAACUACGGAAUCAGGUUUGACCAGCAGAGUUUCUGGUUGGUCAAGGCACCUUACAGGUCACGAAGUGACCCCAUUUUGAUUUACUUGCAUGGAGGAGGAUACUAUUUCGAAACCAUGCCGUCGCAGCUCGAAUCAGUAUUGGCAAUCUAUCACUUGCUCAGUCCCGAGAAGCGCCGCAAACUCUCAGUGUUGCAUCUCGACUAUAAGCUCGCAGCUCAAGGAUAUCCUGUUGCAACACAAAUGUACCAAUUAGCCGAAACUUAUGCAAGGCUAGUUGCUGUGGGCAACACCAAUUUUGUGCUCAUGGGAGAUUCCGCGGGGGGUCAUUUGGCAAUCACGUUCUUGCAAUUCAUACGACACUCGUAUGCCACAUCCAUGCCGUCCCCAACCACGCUAAUUUACCCCAAGAGUGUGAUUUUGGUUAGUCCCUGGUGUAAAGUCAUGCCUGGAGACCACCAAUUUUCGCCGGGUUGGUCUUACUACGACAAUUAUCGUCGUGACGUUAUUCAAUACCAUAUUUUCCACGAGACCCAUCGUCAUUGGGAUCUUUUGGGAGAUACCGACCAUCAAGCUCUCAUCAUAUCUCCAGGAAACCACCCGUAUUCUUAUUCAGACUGGGACUCGAUUCCUACUUUAAACAACGAGAACUACCAUGUGUUUGUCGUGGCAGGGGAACACGAAUCAUUUAGGGACGAUGUCUUGGAAUGGUGCAAGUACGCAUUGAAAUGCCCGUUGUAUGACAUGCACCAGAAUAUCGAUUCCGGAGGCGUUCUCGAUCCCAAGAAACACGAGUAUAUAAGACAAGAUGAGCCCGGCAAGUCCACGGUGCAGGUGUACGUCGAGCCAUGGGGGGUUCAUGAUGCCAUAUUCUACUUCGAGAAUGUGAUUGUGAGCAAGUUCAAAAAGAACCAUGCCCUUCUCCGUCUAGAUCAAGUCGACCCUACUGAAUUCUUUGGCAUUUACCGUGUGGUCAAGUUCUUGAACGAGACCCUAGAAAUAGAAGAUUAUGUAUAG